UUAUAGUGCUUUCAAGUCUUUGUUUAUUUCCUUUCUCUCUUAGCCUUUGGUGCAAUUCCAUAGGAACAAAAUUUAAACCCACUUCUCUGAUCUUCAAUGUAAUAUGAACCAGGCAAUCAUGAUCUUGGUGGUGAAUUAAUGCAUAAGAGAGAGGGCCUCUCUUUGCAGGUUUAAUUAACCUUCUUCACCCACCAUUCUUCCCACCAUUAAUACACACAGAAAGAGAGAGAAAUACAAGUCCUUUUCUUUUACCUGUUCUUGUUUGCAUGGGUGUUUGAUGCAAUUUACACUAGUGCUCCUCCGUUGUUUUUUUUUUUCCUUUCCUUUUUUGCUAUUAAUGGCUUGUUAGUUUUCUCAGUUUCUUUCUUUUCUUGAGACUGAAUGAGAAAUGGGUUCUGUAGAAAGGAAGAAAAGAUUUCCAGCACUUCUUGUUCCUCUUGUUCUUGCCCUUCUUUUCCUUGAAAGAUUUACUGUCAUUUAUGGUCUAAAUUACACAAAUUAUAGGCAAGUGAGUAGCUUGAGACUUAAAAGGAUUCAAAGGCAUUUGGACAAGAUUAACAAGCCUGCUGUUAUGACCAUAGAGAGCUCAGAUGGAGAUAUCAUAGAUUGUGUUCAUAAAAGAAAACAGCCAGCUCUAGAUCACCCUCUAUUAAAGAAUCACAAGAUUCAGAGAGUGCCAUCAGAAAUGCCAAGAGUGAAAGUGAUGAAUAAGGCAGAAGAGGGAAAAGAUCCAAACAAAACUAUGAGUAAUGAAGCAGUGAAAGGUGCAUGGCAAAUUUGGCAUAGAAAUGGCACAAGAUGCCCAAAAGGUACCGUCCCAAUACGGCGGAGCACAGUGCAUGAUGUUUUGAGAGCCAAGUCUUUGUUUGACUUUGGCAAGAAACAACGAUCUCUCUCCCUUGCUAGACGCUCCGAUGCCCCUGAUGUAGUUAGUGGCAAUGGACAUGAGCAUGCGAUCGCCUACACUGGAACAUCACAAGAAUUGUACGGAGCGAAGGCAACGAUAAAUGUGUGGGACCCAUCCAUCCAAUUGGUCAACGAGUUCAGCUUAUCACAGAUCUGGGUACUUUCGGGAUCAUUCGACGGCUCAGAUCUCAACAGCAUCGAAGCUGGAUGGCAGGUCAGUCCGGAGCUUUACGGUGACAGCAGGCCCAGAUUGUUUACAUACUGGACAAGUGAUUCAUACCAGGCCACAGGAUGCUACAACCUUCUCUGUGCAGGGUUUGUGCAAUCUAAUAGCAGAAUAGCCAUUGGAGCUGCCAUUUCUCCUGUAUCAUCAAAUGCAGGCAACCAAUAUGACAUUACCAUCCUCAUUUGGAAGGAUCCAAAACUGGGGAAUUGGUGGAUGGGAUUUAGUGACAAUACCCUAGUAGGGUAUUGGCCAGCAGAGCUAUUUACACACCUAGCAGACCAUGCCACCAUGGUGGAGUGGGGUGGUGAAGUGGUAAAUUCAAGGGCCAAUGGUCAGCACACCUCAACCCAGAUGGGCUCAGGCCACUUUGCCGAAGAUGGAUUCGGAAAAGCAAGCUAUUUUCGGAACCUAGAAAUUGUUGACUCCGACAAUAGCCUCAGCUCAGCCCAAGCUAUCUCUAUACUAGCCGAGAACACAAAUUGCUACAAUAUCAAAAGCUCCUACAACAAUGAAUGGGGCACAUAUUUUUACUAUGGAGGUCCUGGGAAAAAUCCACAGUGCCCGUGAUUAUACCUGUCAUCGUUACUACCACUAUCGUUAUUAUUUUCGUGUUUUCUACAAAAAUAUAAUUUCUAAGAAGCACCUGAAAUCCCUACUGUCGCAUUCUUUAAUCAUGUAAUUAUGGUUUUGCAAUUUCCAUUCUUGUUUCUGCUAGCUCCAAAUAUGGGGAAGAAAUGUACCAUGGCAUUAACUAAACAAGCCAUACAAAAAUAUAGCAUAAACAGGAAUGGAAAUAGCAAUGUUUUGGAUAGGUAUCUCUUAUGUUGAUUGCGAGUUACUCGUAAUGUAGCUUCAAUUGCUAAAGAAAA